CUAUUGUUGUUAGAUACCAUCAUGCUAAUUCAUACUAAAACGUGCUUCACUCUAUUUCUAAAUUUUCCUUAGUUUCUUGAUCUGUCUUUAUUGGCGUAAGCAGUUCAAGUAGGGAAAUUUUUUGAUUUAUAGUGUUUAUGAUUAGGAGUUCCUAUUGCUCAAGAAUCUGUCCUAAUUUGUUUUCAGGGAUUAGGGAGUAGGGAGAGUUCAGCAUGAUCCGUAUUGCUGUUUCUUAUUGUUGGUAAUAAUCUCCAUUGCUAAAAUCUUGAAACACAUAGUGCAUGCACAAUUUGCAUGAUUGUGUCAGAUGGGGGAAAGGAAAUUGAAUUUCAAUGUACCACUUCUUUCUGUGAGGAAGUUUCCACACCGUUGAGGUCUCGUAAUGGUGAUCAAGGGAAGGCUACUGAUAAUUCUAUGCUCAGAAGACGACAUACACUUUCAGCCUACAUGGCAGACCCCAGUCUGGAACAGGUUACAGAACCAGCUGCUGUUCCAUUUGUGUGGGAACAAACCCCUGGAAGACCCAAAGAUGGUGGUCCAUUUAACCCCAAGGACUGUAAGGUGGUUUCUGCCACUUCAAGGCUUCCUUCAACAAGAAGGACCCUAGAAGUCGAAAAACAUUCUACUGAAAAGCAUUUAGAAGAUCGAAAUGUGAGUCAGCUUCAAAUUGUAGCAUUGCCAUUGGUUGGAAAAAUAAACGAUGAGGAGGUUUCAGGUUCGGAGAAUAAUGAUGAUGAUGUAUAUGCUGAUGCACUUGACACACUGUCUCCCUCGGAUUCCUGUUCCAUAAAGUGUAGUGUUACUGGUAUAAGCACUUCUGAUGAAUUAUUUGUGAGACCGUCAGGAACCUUCUCUACUGAUCCACAAACUCGGGAUUUCAUGCUGAGCUGCUUCUUACCAGCAGUCAAGGCGAUGACUCUAGAGCCACAUCAGUAUGCUUCAAGGAAGCAGCCUGUGACAGUUGAGCGACCUAGGCAGGUUAAGGCAGUUCUUAGUAGUAAUAGGAAAUCACCUGUUAAUCAGUAUGAGAAUAAGAUCAUACCGAAUUAUGGUGAGGAGCAAGAGGAAGAAGAAAGCGAAAAUGAAGAUGAUAACUAUGACCAUUCUGGCAACAUAUCAGCCAAGGCUUGUGGUUUCAUUCCUCACUUGUGCUUUAAAAAUUCUUUAAGCCUUUUAAAUCCUGUUCCAGGGAUCAAAAUUUGGACACAUGCUUUUGUAUCUUCCACAUGUGAGUUUGGAAAAUCUAGCGAAGCUGCAUGUAUCAAAUCUAACAAUCAUACUGUGAAGAAGCAUGCUGAAGAUGCUGUCUAUAAACACAAAUCACAUAGUCGAGCUCAGUCCCCUAAGCGACCAGAGGUUGAUAAUAAGCUACGUAGUGGCUCGAGCAGGUUUAGUUUUUCAAGUGAUAGACAAGCAAUAUGUGAGUCAUCUCCCUUCAGGCGCUCUUCUGGGAUAUCUCCUUAUCGAAAUGAAACACCUAGGUCCCCCUUCAGUGGACGGGAUUUCCUUGGUGUUCCUCAAGAAGCAGAGGAUUUGAGAUCAAAUAGAUUAGAUUUGUAUAACAAGGGCACUAGUAUGUCUAAGAGUCAGGGAUUAUUGUUUCAAAGUAGCUAUACGCGAGGAUCUCGCUCAGGGAGCCCAAUGGUGGAAAAGACAUUGCAUGUAGAUACUGUACAUGUUGUACGAAAGUCAUACUCAAAAUCAGGUCCUUUAGAUGCGAAGGGACGAAUGGAUUCUAUGGGCAAGAACUUUAAGGCUUUUUACAAAAGCAGAGAGUUGGAGAAGAGUGCUAUUCCAGUAUCUUCUCUCCGCGAUGUUAAAAGCCUAAAAUCCAUGGAGCGAGCACACAAAUUGGAAGACAAAAAUUUGGGUUCUAAUGUUGAUUCAGAUUGCAGGGUCCAAGCAGACAUUCCACAGGACUCAUAUCAGCAGCCUAAGUUGGAAUGUAUCAAAGUGACUGCUCAUGGAAAUAAAGAUGUUAUCAAUGAUCAAAGUUUAAAAGCAGAUGAUAAAGGAAAUGUUGUUACCGUAAAGUCUCCUCUUCACCCACCUUUACCAAAGACACCUUCUGAGUCUUGGCUUUGGCGUACCCUGCCUUCAAUAACCUCCAGAAUCCCUUUCACCAAUACUUAUCUUGACUCUCAAUUUCAUCCUAAAAAGCAGCAUCCAGAGACAUCCUUUCCUAGUUCCAAGUGGGAAACCAUUGUAAAAUCUUCCCAUUUGCAUCAUGAUCAUGUUCGCUACUCUGAGGAGUUGGUUAGUCACGCUUCUCAGCACUACCAAACAUCAACUCCUUACACCAUGGUUCCUAGCUACAAAUGGUUAGCCUAUUUCUUUGUUUGGAUAUCGUUUUUCUUUUGUUCAAUAUAGUCAAAGGUGGCUUCACUCUCCCAGGCACAGAAUUUUGUCAACUUUUACCCCUUUUCUGAAGAUUGUCAUCAUCGUUUCUUCUUUUUGUUUGCUUGUUUUCCUUCUACAUUAGGCAAGAGGAAUAUGCUCUGCCAGUGCUUGCUUAAGUUUUUGAGUCACCGUGAACCUCUCUUAGACUGCUAUGACAAUUAGGC